UCACUCGUUUCUCGAACGUAUUCCGAAUACAGUCGAAUAACGCAUCUCUCGCAAUGGCACCGAAGGCUAGCGGAAAGGCGGUGAAGAAGGCCGGCAAGGCCGUGAAGAACAUCACCAAGGGCGACAAGAAGAAGCACAAGAAGCGCAGGAAGGAGAGCUACGCGAUCUACAUCUACAAGGUGCUGAAGCAGGUCCACCCCGACACCGGCGUGUCGAGCAAGGCCAUGAGCAUCAUGAACAGCUUCGUCAACGACAUCUUCGAGCGCAUCGCCGCCGAGGCCUCCCGGCUGGCCCACUACAACAAGAGGUCGACCAUCACCUCCCGGGAGAUCCAGACGGCCGUCAGGCUCCUGCUUCCCGGUGAGCUGGCCAAGCACGCCGUCAGCGAGGGCACCAAGGCCGUCACCAAGUACACCAGCUCCAAGUAAAUUGGAUCACUUGACAAAAA